UCGGUGUGCGCAUGGUGAUUGUUUACGUUUUGUUAGUUAGUCGAUUCCAACAGGAACCACCAUCUAUGAACGUGCUGGACAUUCCCCUAUCGUGCUAGAGGUACAAAUGAUACAAGAAAGGAAAACACAAAAUUUGAACCGACGACAUACUCAUGCAGGUUCCAGCGAAAUGAAAAAGUUAAUUAAUAUCAUUCUAAUUUAAACUGCGUCAAUAACAAGUGCAACCCGCGCGCUUUGGUCCGCCAUUCGGAUUCAAAUACCACCAUACGAAAAGAUGAUCUCUAUUGAAAAGAGCGAUACUCGCACCGCAAUAGUAUUCUAUCACAUGUUUCUAGAAGUUGAAUUUGGUUUAUCUCGAAUUGGAUGAUGAAAAAUGAUAAGACUGAAACUAACAAUGUUAUCCGAUUCCGUACGUUAUGUCUUCGUGAAGUGAUAUUUUUGUAAUGUGUAUUAGGAUAAAUGAAUCUGAUUUAUUUCACCUAUAGUAAUUGCAAGGAUUUGAAUCAACGAUUGAUGUAAUGAGUAUUAACCCGUCUGUGAGGUGAACUGAAGGAAGCAUGUUGUUCGGAGAUUAUCAAAUAAUCACUACUGGAGUAUCGAUUUAACAUAAAUAGCAUUUACUCAUGAAUACUCGUAAUACCAAUUGUGAAAGACUGAUAUUCGAUAUGGAGAAAGUUACAACUGAAAGUGUUGAGAGUGAAAGCAGGAACAACGAGAAUGAUUCAGUAAUAUCUCUUUCGUCAACAUCUACAUUAACGUUGCCGGUUCGAGGAUCAAAAAGAGAUACAUUCAAAACUCGAAUGCCAGUGAUAAAGUGGCUCAAAGGAACUGGCAGUAGAAAUAAAUUGAAUAGUAGAAAAUUCACCGCGUCACCCUGCUGUAAUCUGAGUACUGCUAAUGACAAAGAAAUCCAAACAGAGAAGGAAUUUGCAGAAAAAUCGGUCCAAUGUGAUUAUUCUUCUUUCGACGGUAACAGGUUGCCUUACAGGGUUCUACAUUCGAUUCAUCAAGAACACACAAUCGACUACAUCAAUGAACGGUUAGACAUAAUCAAUGGAAAUCAGCGGUUAGUGCAGCACGUAGGAUGCAACUGUUGUUACCUCAACUACGGGUUAGAAGAAAAAGUAUCCAGUAAUACUCUCCAUUCAUCCAUGCACGAUGUGCGUCGUAGAAAUUUCGUACACCAGAACAAAGUUGGCAGUUAUGAAAAAUAUGGCAAUGGGAUAGAGGAAAUUCGUUACGGGAAUAAUGUUUCUGUUGAACCGCGGUUGUUUAGAAAAAAAUAUUCAAUAUCAAACGAUAACGAAUUGUGGAAAAUGCAUAGAAAUAGUUCGGUGAUGUGUGAUGCUCAGUUGCGAGCGGAAAAUCAAGUCAGCGUUACUCCAAUAUUGAAUUAUGCUGAAUCAAAAUCAUAUGAUAGAUCGUUUUCCAAGAAAAACGUGCAACGAAAAAUUGGUCGGGUGAAUCCAUUUGUAGUGCCACGCGAAGAAGAAGAAGAUGUGGAAAAAAUAGAAACGAACAGUGAUCUAUUGGCUAAUGCUGAACAGCAGGCAUAUCUGGUACUAGGUAUAAACAACCAAGCGCGAAGGCCAUUCAAUCGCAAAAUAUGCACUCCAUUCAAUAAGAGGUUAACGAUGCCUACGGAACAUUUCAAGCGAUGGCCGUCUGAAUCACCUGUUGAACCAGACAUUAAUAGGCGUAGUUUACCUAUUUACGAAAUGGAUUCUCUCGACACUUUAAAUAAUCUAGGCCAUUUUAAACGCGCAAACGUCGGCUGUCAUGACCGCUACAACCAACACAUUCUUACAUCAACUAGUGCAAUCGAUUCCGAAUCAAUCCUUUUCCGCAGCAACGCAGAUAAUUUGCAUUUACUGGGUCGAACGAUUGCUAUGGAUACCAAAGAAAAUCGUUCGAAAUAUGAAUCAAAUUUGGCAUUUAAAGCGUGCUCCAAUACAUCACUAUCGAGUGGUUCAAACUUAUAUAAUAAAUUGAGCGGGAGUAUUCAGAACCUGUUCAUCAGCAGCCGAGGCCAAUCUGCUUCGGUAGCAUCAUUUGAUCGGUCAGGUUUGAGUAAAAGUGAAACUAACCUCAACGAACUCAAGAGGCGGCGAACUGCGCGUGAUCGUUUGUUUUUCUUAGGAUCGCGAACAAAACAUCGACAGCGGAGAUCAAACAAUUUUCUUACCAGUGGCGGCGGCAGUUUUUUCACCUACAACUACGAAGACGAAGAAGAGAGCGGAUGGAAAAAAUAUUUUAGUUUUAAUAUGAACCUUUUGCGGAAGAAUAAAUGCAAAACAGGCACAGCAUCAGUCGCAAAUGAUAGAAUUCAAGAUCUUGAUGGUGGCUUUUUCGAGAAGUUUGGCUCAAUCCUUCGUCAAAAGUCGAUCAAUAAUGACGAAAGCAUUUCAACUCGAUUGGAACCUUUUCCAGAGGAAGAAGCGGAAACUGCGUUUACUGCCGCUCAAGAAUCUAUCCCGGAAGAAGAUAGCGGAAAUGAAACGUUACCGGAUAGCGAUUCUGAUGAACACCACUUGAAACAGAAUGAAUUUAUUGGUGAUGCCUUCGGUUGGAAUAUUGAUGAGCUCUACGAAGAAAUACUAUUCGAAAUCAUACACAAUAUUGGCUGUGAGGAUGAAGAACAAACUGAGGAUAGUUUGAUACACUAUGUCCAGGAUGCAUUCAAAAUAUCCAACGAGAAGCAUGAUGAAGUUUUUCAGAUAGCGCAUAGCAAAGAACCGCCAGAAAUAUGUCUUAAUGUGGAAGUAAUUGAGGCUAAAGAGCUAGAACCAAAAGAUUCUAAUGGACUGUCCGAUCCAUUUGUAACGAUGUUUAUUGCCUCUAAUCCAACGCAUCGUUAUAACACGUCGGUUAAAUCCGCUACCCUAGAUCCGGUGUGGGAAGAACAUUUUUCACUGCCAAUAGAUGAAAACGCAAAUGACGCCAACCUCAUCAUCGAAGUGUGGGACUUCGAUCCGGCUGAAACUGUAAAAGAAAAAAUGAAUAAGGUGUUCGAUGUGAAAGGUGUACGAGGACUGAGGAAGCUAAUGAAAGAAAUAGCCGUCACAGCUUCAACGGGAAAGCAUGAUAACGAAUUGAUUGGGCGCGCUAGUAUACCACUGAAGUCGAUCCCGGCAUCAGGCUUAGUAAUGUGGUACAAUCUGGAUAAAAAAAAUAAAUUGAAACGACAAGGAACGAUAAGAGUGAGACUGAACUUUAGUUCUCAGAAGAACAACCAAGUUGCCGCGCAAGAACACCGACAUCUGUUGCGAAUACUAUUGUUGCACGAGCUGGAAACAUCAAAAGUAGCUCAAUACUGGUGGUCGGGAAAAUUCACUCCGCAAGGCGAAUUCGUACUUACUCAACAUUCGGCUCAAAGUAGUUUGUCCACGACGGCUGUUGCAUUUAUUCAAUGGUCUGUUUAUGCAUCAAUUCAUCUAGACCAUCAUCUGUCAUUUAGUUUAUUCGAUUCGUUACUUGACAAACUAGUGCGUCCAGUUCAAACAAAAUCUGUCUCGGACGAGGAGUUGAAAAUGUUCUGGGAAGCAACAAGAAAACUUUUACCGUCCUGUUUCUCAGCGAUACGAAAAUUACGCAAAAAGACCGCCUGUGAUAAACUGGUUAUUAAGAUGCUUACUGACGUUUUGAGUAUUCUCGCUAAAAUUUCGUUGUUAGAACCACCGGAGGGAACGGAUUUAUUUCCUACUCAGCUGUACAGUUGGAUAAGACGGGAAAAGAAUUCCGAACCUAGUUGGGAUGUACGCGGAGCAUUGUCUAGUGCAGUGGUGUCAGGUGCCGAAGACUGGUUCCUUAGUAUCAAGGAGAGCCACCAUAUUGAUACUGGCCUUGACGAGGAUCGCUUGCAGAAUUUGAUCAAGAUAAUUCAGUUAGUUCGUUCAGAUAUUCAGCGUUCAAUUGAAUACUACGAUAAAAUAUUUCAGGAAAUUUUCCAUUUUCUAUACACCAAAGAGCUUUAUAUAACCUAUGAGCUUAAACUAGCGGAACUGAUAAAACCUUGUGUCGAAAACAUUUGCCGUGGCCUUAAGCGAAUCGACAUUCCCGAAUCGAAUACCAAUGGAAUGAUUGAAUACGAAGACAUCAACAUGGGGACAACGCUGUUUGAGCUUUACUUGGUUCUGAAACGCUUCUCCAUCCUUGGUCCAACACUCAGUCCAGGAGAGUCCAACUUUGCUAUAGACGAGUACCAUCGUUGGUUUACAGCUGGAGUGACUCAUUGGCUGGAUAUUGCAGUGUACAAAGCGCUGACGAGAAUCUAUAAAGCAAUCGAACUAGACAUAUUGAAACCGGUAGAUCAGACGGUGAAGUAUUCAUCCUCAGCGGUGGACACACUAGCAAUAUUCUAUCAGAUCAAAAUAUUUUGGCAACAAUUGGCUUGGCCAGAUAUUGAGGGAGCGUAUAUAUUCGUUGCGAAAAUUGUUGAUGAUAUUUGCCGUUGCUGUGUUUUUUAUGCCGAUCGUAUGUCUGCAAGAGUUGAAAACCUGGAAAUCGUUGAAAACAUCUACGAAAAGAAGUUCGUUGUGACCCAGGAAUGGUGCAUUGCCAUCAACAAUAUCGAUUACAUGAAGCAGAGCUUGAAGCCAUUCGCAACGGAGCUGGGAGUAGAUGAUAUUAUAGCGAAAAUGUCUGACAGUGAAAGUCCCAUGGAAGCGGAGCGUUGCGCAGAUACGUUACGCGCAGUCCUUGAAAAUGCGAUAGAUACAGAAAGGAACAAAAUUUUGGAUUUGGUUGAAAAAUUAGCUCGGAAAAUGGCUCCUGCAAUGCGAAGAUUUUUGGUCGAAGGAGCAGAGCUCUUGCAGCAAGAUUCAAACUCAAUAGAUCGUUUGAUGAUGUACAUGGAGGAAUCGCUGGCAAUGCUCAAUGGAGAAUUGAACGAGAUGAACUUUGAACGUGUAUUAGAUGCGAUUUGUAGUGAAUUGGCGACUAUCUUGUACGAUCUAAUUCAGAGUAAUUUAGAUAAGCGUCGUCCGCCAGCAUUUUUCGCCAACUUACGUGAUACGCUCCAUAUCUUAAUUGCCAACUUCAAAACUACCCAGAAUCUAGAAUCGGAGAGCGCUUCCGAUAAAGAAACUCUGGCACACAUUGAACGGCUUUUGCAAUUGCAUGGUUACGAGACAACCGAUCUAAUUCAUCAGUAUUACAUUGAUAGGCUAAAGGAACAAGAAACGGAAAAUGACGACUACGGACAACUAACGGUUCAGUGCUUUUUCAAAGGCAACGUUCUCGAAUUGGAAAUUAUGAAUGCGCGUAAUCUCAGACCAAUGGAUUCCAACGGAUCAUGCGAUUCCUUCGUUCGGGUUCAUUUUAUACCAGAGGAACGGUUUGUGGGAAUCAUUAAGCCCCGUACCCAUACUGAGACAAAAACGUUAUUUCCGUUAUACGACGAAAAAUUUGUUAUAACGUUCGCUCCGGAACAGCGACUCGUGAAGGAUGCGGUAAUUCUGUUCAGUGUAAAAGAUAAGGAUUUGUUUGGAAUGUCCAACCAAUACUUGGCUGAAUGUUAUAUGAGUUUCAAUGAUAUUGCAGAUGUGUCUAGUGAAAGCGGUAAAAUUGAACAGAAACAUUUACGAUUAACUCGCCCCUGCCGCUUAGAUACGGACUGUGUACGAGCAUUAGAAUAUCGUCAAGGUGAUAAACAGGCAAAAGAUUUUCUCAAGAAGCUAAAACAAAAAAUGGGACAAUAAGAACAUUAUUGCCAUGUACUUCGUAAUCUAGAUUGUUGAUAAUGUCUAAAUUUUUAAUGGGACAGAUUCGUUGAUUUUAUUCAUUGCCUAAUUUGUAUUCUAUUUGCCGAAAAUCCAAUUUAUUCCGUAAAAAGGAA